ACGUUAUCCUACAAGGACUUUUUCAUAUUAAAAUUUAACAGGUUUGGGUUCUACUUGUACCCUUAAAUUUUUAAAAGAAAUAAAUAAAUAAAUGAACGACGUUUUAUUCGAUUAUUAUUGUAUAUGGCCACACCAACACCAGCACCAGCUCCGCCGCUACCUGCAACCGUAGUCAACUCCUUGGCCAUGGGUGCAACUGAACCUGUGGUAGAAAGAGAAAAUCAGGAAAGAGAAGAAUUAGAGAAUGAGAAGAAAGGAGAAGAGGAAGAAAAAGAAGAAGAGGUGGAGAAGGGAGAAGAAGAAGAAGAAGAAGAAGAAGAAGAAGAAGAGGGAGAUGUGGAAAAAGGAAAAGUGGAUGCUGUUAUGGAAGAAAACGUGAUAGAGAAAAAUAAUGAAGGAAGAGACCAUCUUAAUGUAUCAAUGUUGCAGAGAUUGAACCCCACGAACCCUUUGCGGAUUAUCAUCAAUGGCGGCAGAAGGGUCCACACUCCUCCUCAGCCUCAUCAUCAACCUCCUCCUCCUUCUCAGCCUAAUCGUCCGCCUCCUUCCCACUAUUCACAGCCUCGUUCUACUCCUAUACCAACUCCACCACAACCAUCACCAAUAACAUUGAAUUCAAGAAAAUAUACCAACAAAAUAUCUCUGUUUCUGUUCAUGCUGCAUAUGGUUGUGGCUGUUGGGCUAGAAUGUUUUCUCAUAUUCAGGGGAAUUCAAGGGCUAAUUAAAGCACCAGCGUCAGUAAAACAGAGGGAGAAAAUGGUACUUGAAUAUUUGCUGCCACAAGUUGAAGCUGCAUCGCUCUUGAGCAUAUCUCUUGCAUUUGCCUGGCAAAAGGCAGUGAGGCAAUGGCCUCAUUUCAUGAUUCAUUUCAUACUUUGGAGCUCCUUUGUUAUGAGCUUGUCGGCUGGAAUUCUUCUGGUUUGCUUCCAGAGACCUACCACAGAUGCUGUUGGGGUUUGCUUCAUUGCCUUUGCAAUUGGUAAUGGCUUGUAUGCUUGUUGGGUUAGUCCGAGAAUUAAGUUCUGUACCAAGGUUUUGAUCAAAGCAAUGGAACCUACUUCCAAAUUUGAAGAUUUAAACCACCCCACUUAUGUGAUGCUUGGGGCUGGAUUCAUAUGGAUGUCUAUGUGGAUUUUGGCUGUGAUUGGAACCUUUAAUUUCCCCUUUCAACCAUUGAUUAUAAUUGUAUUGUUCUUGAGCUUGGCUUGGACGGCUGAAGUCUUGAGAAAUGUUGCCAAUUUAACAGUUAGCAGGGCAAUUUCUUUGUUUUACCUCAGAGGAAUGCAGUCCAGUACUAACUUCUGCUUCCAAAGAGCCUUAUCCCUGAACCUUGGAAGUGCUUGUCUAGGAUCCUUAUUCGUUCCUACAAUAGAAGCACUGAGAAUUGUAGCAAGAGGUUUGAAUUUGCUUGAGGGUGAAGAUGAAUUCAUGUUUUCUUGUGCUCACUGCUGCCUCAAUGUGAUGGAAGCCAUCUUCAAUUAUGGAAAUGGCUGGGCAUUUGUACAGAUAGCUGCCUAUGGAAAGGGUUUUGUUAGGGCAUCACAGGAUACUUGGGCCCUGUUUAAGGGACAAAAUAUGGAAAUCAUUGUUGAUUCAGACAUAACCAGUUCAAUUUGCUUCCUCACUGGAGUCUGCAGUGGCUCCAUCUGUGUCGUCAUGGCUGCUGCCUGGACAUUUAAACUGCACCAAACCUUCACUGCUACCGUUUCUCUCGUUACUUUCAUCAUUGGAUACCUCAUGACGAGGAUUGCCAUGGCAUUGCCCCAUGCUUGUGUGAGUUGUUACUACGUCUGUUACGCAGAAGACCCGCAGAUCAGACUGUUUGAUAAUACCAUAAAGGAUCGUCUCAACCUUAUAGAAUUAGGCCGUGACAACCUGGUGCCGACACCUCGAGUUCCAGUUCCCCGACGAUUCUCUGCAACGUAAUAUUCUAUAAAGUUAAGCUGGGGAAUUCCAUUUCUCCUGCGGACGUACAGGGGAAAUGACUGCAAUGGGGCCAUUUUUAGGAAAUGCAAUCCUGCAUUGGUCACUCUCAAUGGGGCCACAAGGGACCAGACUUCAGCGUCACGGUAAAAUUAUCUGCAAGGGCUGAUGAAUGUGAAAGCGCAAUUUCUACCAUUAUUGAGAGUUUUCUUGGAUUGCGGAAGAAAGAAAGUGGAGAGCCCACUGAGUCUGAGAUACCCAUUUCCACAAGGCAACAAAUGAUAAAAGUAGCUUUUUCAAGUCCCUCUUUUGUACCAUAGUUCACAAUUUGCGUCCCAUGGUUCACAUUUGCAUAUGCAACUUCUGAAUUCAAGAGAAGGACAUCCAUAUCUUGAUAACUUUCGUCUUUAUCUUUAAACCCACGUGCCAUUAUUUAAUUUAAUUGUACCUCCCCGGUUUAAUCUUGUAAAUCUCAAUGUACAUUUUUGCAUUUAAUAUAAGAUUUUCUUUGGU